AUGUUCCUGAGGGCUGUGGUCCUGACCCUGGCCCUAGUGGCUGUCACCGGUGCCCGGGCUGAGGUCAGUCCCGACCAGGUGGCCACCGUGGUGUGGGACUACUUCAGUCAGCUGAGCAACAAUGCCAAGGAAGCCGUGGAACAUCUCCAGCAGUCUGAGCUCACCCAGCAGCUCAAUGCCCUCUUCCAGGACAAGCUUGGGCAAGUGAACACCUAUGCGGAUAACCUGCAGAAGAAGCUCGUGCCCUUCGCCACUGAGCUGCACGAACGCCUGACCAAAGACUCGGAGAAGCUGAAGGAGGAGAUUCGGAAGGAGCUGGAGGAGCUGCGGGCACGGCUGCUGCCCCACGCCAAUGAGGUGAGCCAGAAAAUCGGGGACAAUGUGCGCGAGCUGCAGCAGCGCCUGGGGCCAUACGCGGAUGAGCUGCGCACCCAGGUCAACACUCACGCUGAGCACCUGCGGCGCCACCUGACGUCCCACGCGCAGCGCAUGGAGGCCGUGCUGCGCGAGAACGUGGACAACCUGCAGUCCUCACUGACGCCCUACGCAGAUGAGUUCAAGGCCAAGAUCGACCAGAACAUAGAAGAGCUCAAGGGGCAUCUCACGCCCUACGCCGAUGAGCUCAAGGUCAAGAUCGACCAGAACGUGGAAGAGCUGCGUCGCAGCCUGGCUCCCUACGCGCAGGACGUCCAGGAGAAGCUCAACCACCAGCUCGAGGGGCUGGCCUUCCAGAUGAAGAAGAAUGCCGAGGAGCUGAAGGCCAAGAUCACGGCCAAUGCCGACAAGCUGCGGCAGAGGCUGGCGCCGGUGGCCGAGGACGUGCGCGGCAAGCUGAGGGACAACGCCAAGGGACUGCAGGAGUCGCUGGCCCAGCUCAACAGCCACCUGGACCGGCAGGUGGAGGAGUUCCGCCGCAACCUGGGGCCCUACGGCGACACCUUCAACAGAGCCCUGGUGCAGCAGGUGGAGGAGCUCAGGCAGAAGCUGGGCCCCUACGCAGGCGGGAUGGAAGACCACCUGAGCUUCCUGGAGAAGGAUCUGAGAGACAAGGUCAACUCUUUCUUCAGCACCCUCAAGGAGAAGGAGAACCAGGACAUGCCUCUGGCCCUCCCCGAGCAGGAGCAGGCGCCAGGCCCUUUGGAGAGCUGA